UGCGUUUUCUACUUUCGUGUCGCGCAAAAUCCCCGAUUGUACAUUGUUGUACUCCCUGUUCCCAUGACAACAUCAUGUAACGAGGAAAACAAAGCAUGUCUCCUUGACGAGCUCAUAUAAAUUACCAAAUAUUCUGCGUUGUCGACCACAAACAAGAUAGGAGUCGUCGUUAAAAGCUUACAAAAACGCUAUAAAGACGUUCAUUGCGAUUUCACUGUCAUAAUUUCAAGACUUUCCUCGUUUAUAGUAUGAAAUCCACCGAACAAAACGCCGAGACAUCAACAGCAAAGGCACAUUUUUAUGAAGAACCGUUCGAAUUUCCAUCGAAAAAUUUCAAGCGAACUACGUUAGCACCACUGCCACCCUCUGUAUCAAAAGGAUUACAUGAGCCUUCAGUAUAUCUAACUACAACAGGAUCAACACAUGAUCGCAAGUUCCAUCAGUCACCCUUGCUUCAACCAGUUUAUAAGAAAGCUCCCAUGUCAUGCAAUGUUCAGUAUGUUGAAGAUACUAUUUCAACGUUAAAAGUGAAACCCUGGAGAAAGCCACUCACUAUGGGUUAUCAAAGUAGCGAAAUGAAAGACAAAUAUAGAGGAGAACCAGAAGUCAUUUCAGAAACACUGUUUAACAAAAGAUUUCAACCCCCAAAAUUGCAUGAUCACCAUGCUGAUGGACCAAGCAAGAAACUUGUAAGAUCGACUCAAAACGAGGAAGCUGCAGGUCGUGUGUAUUAUCCGAAAGAUCGUGGGGUCUUGUCAUAUCAUGGUGAUAUGUAUUUAACCACCACACAACGUGAUCAUAGACGUUUCAACAAGCAAGAGCUGGGGGAAUAUCCAAAAAAGGAAUACGCAACAUUCUGGGAAUGCGAGGAAUACCCAAAAGCCUGGGGUCAUGGUUCGAAAGAAAAUCCUCUUCCUCGUCAUUCGGUUCCAAGAUCGGAUCGACCAAUGAGAGACGAGACGGUGUUUCCUACUGCGACCAUCAUUCCUCGUUUACCUAAAUCACUAAAACCUGUUCCUCACAGUGGCCUCACUACCGAAGUUCGUUCAAACUUUACUGACCCGCCGGCAAAGAAAAAAGCUCAACUGUUCCACUGCCCGGUUGCCAGACCGUUACACAGACGAGAAGCUGGAAAUGAGGAAAUAUUUUCGGUUCCCAACAUGUACGAAACAGAAUAUCAAUUCAUCGGACAAAAGAGACCAGCCAUGGUUGCUUGAAUAUAGCUUAGAACUGCAUGAGAUUUCUAUAUAAAUAAUUAAUUCAGAUUUAAUAGGUUUGUAUACAAUGGUAUGUACAAUUUAAUAUAAACGCAAUGACGAAUCCAUUUGAUUAAGAAAGUAUUGUAAUGAAAAACGUAACGAUCAAUUUUUGUGGUAUUUUUCAAUAGUAACUUUUGCAUGAGCUCUCUUCACGAGGACUAGGAACCCGGGCUAUAAAAUAAACAUGGCUUAUUUUUUUUCGCGUUUGUAUUGUUGGUGACGGCUGGUGCAUGACGAAGAAAAUCCAUUUAAAAUAUCAAUAGCACUUCAGUUUUCAGUGUCGCCGACAAUAGCCAACUUUUUUCGGCUAAAAAAACCUUGAACAUAUAAAAAUUCUUAAUUCUCCUGGAAGGAAUGCCUCGAAGCCACCUAGAUGCCUAGCAGCUUACUUGUCAAGUCAACAUUAUUCCAUUUUCCCUCUCUGAAAAUUA